GCUGGUGCGCCGUGCAGGGAGACAGAGAGAGACAUCUGAAGUGCGUUCGAGCUGCUUGUUUCUCCUGGCUAGAAAGGCAUUUCAGUUCAGACUUUUGAUGUCAACGUGGACGAUUGCGUGCUGUAUUCGUCCUUGUGGCGUCCCCGGCCAUGGGGUCUGACAACCCUGCUUCAAUGCGCUGGGCUGGGUCUGCAGUGGCUGCGAGUUCCACAAGGUUUUGAGCAGCUGCACGUUCUUCCAUUCAAAGACGAGAAGAGCAAUUUGCCACGAUGUUUUCCAUUGCAUCCAUUAACGAUGAACAAGGCCAGACACCCCAGCAGCAGCUGGGACCUACCAAGGAGGCUCAGGAGUUUCGCCUGGCGCAGAUGUACCAAGAUGCGCUUGUGCACAUGCAAAAGGGCCAGAAGAACGAGGCGCGACCACUUUUUGAAGCAAUUCUGCGGGACAGGCUGUAUGCACAGGGGGAGGCCCACGCCCCGCUUGAGUCCAACACACUGCUCCAGCUGCGCUUCCUCUCCCUCAAAAACCUGGCCGGCCUGCACGCCGCCUCGCCCUCCCGUGCCGACAAGCUCGAGGGUCUGCGCUGCUAUUUCCAGGCCGCAGCAAUCGACGAUAAGGACGUGGUCGUAUGGCAUCGGGCGGGCGCGCUAGCGAGCGCCGUGGGGCGGCUGGAUGUGGCGCGCAAAAGCUUCGAGCAGGGUCUGAAAUGCAGCCCGAAGCACUGGGGUUGCUUGGAGAAGCUGACGGAGGUCCUUCUGGCGAUUGGCGACGAGGUUGGGUGCGAAAAACUCGUCAGGCGAAUUUUGAGAAUGGACUCUCAGCAUCGGCGAAGCAACGAGAUUGUCCAAGCCAUCCAAGGAGGCUUGUUCAUACGAGAAGAAACCGGGGUAGAAGCGGCGGUUGGGAAAGGAGAGAAAAGCGCGCUAGCUGCUGGUUCCUUGGUAAAGAAGGGGAUGCCCAGUGAGACGGAACCGGACGCGGGGGCUGACGUGGCACCUCAAGGCAAGGAAGAGGAGAGAGGUUUGGGGUUUGCAUUCGACGCGCUCGAGCCGCGCCUGUCGGAUUCGCCGCGGAGAAGAGUUCCUGCGGUGCAGAGGGAGGAAUUGGCGGGGUUGAAAUUGCGUUUGGCGCGGCCCGAAUGGUCCGCUCUAGUUCUUGAGCUGCAAAAUGCGAUCAACGGGGCCGGUAAGGGGUUGGAAUCCGAGACGGACGGGGGCAGUCAGAGGCUUGAUACUGAUUCGAAAGCGGUGAGCGAGCAGAGGAGUGCUGCGGAAGGCCCUGUAGAGAGUAAGGUGGAGGGUGAAAGGGAGGCUGGUGAAGAAACGAGUUUGGCCACUGCGAGUGACAGGGCCUCCGGUGGUGACAAUCCGUUGAGCCUGCCGGGAGAGGGCAGACCUGCCGGCCUUAACAGAGGGGAAGCGCAAGGUGACGAGGGAGAAACGAACGGAACGGAGAAGAACGGAAUCAAAAGUACGAGAACUGGCGUGACGGGGAUCGAAGGUCGCGCCUGGACGCUGCAGACGCCUCUCGUGUUCGAAAUUGCGAAGGGGGGUGACUUAGGGCGAGAUAUGCAAGCAAAGAUUACGGAGCCCGUAACCGUUCCUUCCGCAGCGACCCUUAACGUCGCUUCAAGCCCGGCCCAGGUCCCGGACAGAGCGGAAAGCGGAAAGGUAGAACCUGGAAACGAGCCGGAAAAGCUUAACGACGUAGAACUGCAAGGUGUAGAAGCAGGCGGUGCGUCUCGGUCUGCGGGAGAGAAGGAAGGGGAAAGGGCGCUCGAUGCGGUUGUGACUGAGGCAGCGGAAACGUCAUGUAAGGCAGCAGAUCAGAUAGAUACGAAAGAAGAGCUUCCUAAAAACGGUGUAGAAGGUAGUGCGGAACAUACCGCCCAAGUAGUGGAAGCCGUGACUCUUUUAGAGGGGACAAUUGUAAUUGAUUUGGAGCAAGCUUCUGCGGGGUCUCCUGAGCAGGGUGUGGAUUCGGGGGGUGAGCCAAAGGACGGGACCGGAGGGACAGCUGUCGUUAGACCAAACGAGGGCCGGGAAAAAAAUGAAAGCGCCCGGGUAGUUUCACCGACCAAAGCAAAAGGGCGGGAGGGGGGUGCGGAGAAGCGAGAGCGGCGCAUGACUCGUGCGCUGAGAGAGCGGGGUUCGAAAGAGAAAGAGAAGAAGGUGGAUGGAAAGAAGAAAGAGGCAGUCAGGAAAGAGGCGGAAGCGCCAGAGCCAAAAGAUGUGUGGGCGACUUUGGGGCGGUUUGUGGUCGGCGGUCCUGGUCAGGGUUCGAAAGUUACUGGAGCUGCGGACGGCUCAAAAAGCAUCACAAACGGAGAAACAAAUGGCAAGGGGGGUGUUGAGCAAAGCAAGCAGGGGGAAGGUCAGAUAGAGACGGGGCAAGGUGAGGCGACCUUUAAAGAUGGGAAGCGGAACGCAGUGGACGCCCCGCUCUCGACGUCAGCAGGUUUUGAGGCGUUUCUGGAUGCGGUAGAAGCUAACAGCGGGGCGCUCGAUGUCGGGCCCCGCUUGUUAGAACAGCUGGCGGCAAGAGCUGACGUGGCGUUAGACUCUACCUCAAUCGACGCACUGUUAUUGGUCGAGUCGCUGAUGCGAAACUGGGGGGCGGAGCGGUCGCCGCAGUGCAGCCUCUGGCUGGCGCAGCUGCAUCUAGACCGGGCGGAAAAGCGAGAGGACGGGGAGACGCCGGAAAGCUCAAGGGAGAGGACGGAAGCUGCGGCGAGGGAGGGGAACCGGUGCCUGUGCGAGGUGGUGGAGUGGUGGGCCGUCAGGAAUGCGGAGGAGGGGAUCGAGUUUGGGGGGGUUCUGCAACCCGGGGAAGGACCGCCCCGGGAAGGGGGAGAGACUGACCGGAAUGCGGAUGACACGUCAGCCGGGAGAGGAGCAGGCGGGUGGGCCAUAGAGGAGAGUGUAAAUGCGCUCGAUUGGCGGUUCUGGGCGAAGUUUCAGUGGGCGGCGUCGAGGCUGGCGUUCCUGGAAGGGAAGCGCGCACGGGGCAUCGAGUGCGUGCACGAGUGUGCAAAGCUUAUGGAACUUACGACGUCAGCAGACGUGCAAACAGAGGAGGCUAACGCAGCCGCAGAGUUAGCCGGAAAGGCCGGAGAAAAAGGCGUUGAUGGAAUCUCAUCGCCUAUGGAUGUGGAGUCUCCCACGUUCCCUGGCGGUCAGCUCAAGGGUCGCGAAGACAACAAGGUGUCAACUCCGACACCCCAGCUGACGUCACAGAGCCUGCCACGUGGCGCCCCUGAGACGCUUCAGCUGGGCUGCGGCCUUCGGCGUCCAACGCUCGCCCUUUCGGACGUCCGAGGGAAGCUGCAGGAACUAGAGACGGACGAGCUGCUGACGCGCUCAGUCGCGGCGCUGCGCGAGGCCGGGGACUCCGAAGGCCUCGUCUGUCUCCUGGCGCCGGUCGUGCUUCCUGGCUGGGAGGCACCGGAUGACAUCGAUCCACCUUCCGCUGACGUCAGCCGAGGCGGUGUGAAUAUUCCGGGCCGGAUGACGCCCGCAGACGUCCGCAAUGGAGCGCCAGGCCGGGGGACCCCUGAUGACGUCAGCAACGAGGUGCCGCGCCAGGGGAUCUCUGCCGAGGCCGGCGCUACGAAGUCCGCCCCCUCGAAAACUCUCGUUGCUGACGUCAGCAGGCACCCGCCGGCCCUGGACACGCGGCGGAGACUGGAGGCGCUGCGCGCGCUGCUGGAUGCGUGCCGGAAAGGGGGGCCGGGGUAUCUACCGACGGAGCUGCGUGCACGGGGGGAGGUUUUGGAAAUCCUGGCGCGUGUCAGCGGGUGGUUGGACGGGAGCCGGGAGGCGUGGCUGGAGUUUGACAUCGAAGGGGUGUUCGGGGGGGUAGGAGCGGCUGGUGUUUUGGGGGGAGGCUCGGUGGAGGAACGUGCGGAGAGAAUGCAGCGGGUGGGGCGGCUGAUCGGAGCGGAGCUGCGGGCGGUGGGGGUAUGCGCGCAAGGGCUGCGAGAAGCGUGGAGAAAGGCGCGGUCGAAGUCUGUUGCAGGGCUUGGUGCGGAGCACUUUGCCCCGCUUCAACGGCUGCUCCUCGACAUCGUUGCCAAACUGUACACCUCCGGGCGGCUAUCCAAACCGAAGCCCGCUACCGCCGCCCGAUCAGACAGCACCAUGCUCAUCGACGGCCUCGUCGCGUUCUGCCGGUUGCAACACCUAACUCUGCUCGGCGGGAAGCAGAGUCCGCCCGCUGGGGCGCAGAUUCCGGCGGAAUCGGCGGCCGUGUCGCAGCAGGUCGCUCUGCUCGCGAGCGCGCACCGGCUGCUCGCGGACAAAGGGCUCUGUUGCGCUGGAGACGGCGGGGCGCCGUUUCUCAAGAUGGCAAUUCAGCUUUUGACCGGCCUCGAUGCGCGGCUAGCGGCGCUUGUGGGCGCCAAACGAGACGCUGACGUCAGGGAAGGCGCGGAGGUUGCGAGCGGGGAGGAGGCGAGAGCGGGUGCGAAGCGCAAACUAGAGGGCGGGGAGAGUCCCGGUCGAGUGAAGCGGUUGCGCCUGGGAACCGGCGGGGAUUCCCCGCUGUCGGAUGCAAGAUUCUACGGUCCAGAUUCACCGGAUGCGGGCCGGUUCGGGAAAGAGCGGCUGGGGCCCGCUAAGAAGCGGCUUGAAAGAAGCGCGUCUCAGAGACAGAUCCGGUUCUCGAGGGCGGAUGCUAGUCCAGUCAAAGCACCGGACGGAUCGACGGUAGUGGAUGCGGACAGAGUUGCGGAUGGAAGGUCCGCCCAGAACUUGGACGGACUCUCCAACGGAAACCUUGACGGAAGUCCGAUCGGGGUUGCGGGUGGAACGCUUAACGGAAACGCGGACGAGUCGGAAAAUGGCGACGAGAUUCUGGCGGGGUUAAGGAGGGAGACUGGGUUAGCAGCGGAGCUAAACCAGGCCUUUUUCUGCCUGUACGGUCUAAAUCUGCAGGAGGGGGCCGGGCAGCCGAAACUGGAGAAGCACGAGAACACGAGCAAGGGCGACUUCGGUACGCAGGAGCAGUGCGCGGAGGUGAUGCGGUACAUCGUGCCCUAUGCUGAGAGCUGCUCGCCCGACCGGCUGAAGGCCCAUCUCCAGGAAGUUCUCCAGGCCAUCCACAAGCAGUUCCCCCAGCCCCCCCCGGAGGUCCUCGCCCGCUUCUCCGUCGAGCCCUUCCUCGAAGGCAAGGUUCCGUUGGGCUCCGUUGGCGGACAAGCGGAACUCCAGUCAACCGGAGCCGCCCCUGCUGUUGGCACCGUGCAAGGGCAAGCUUUCCCGGGGCAAAAGGGUGCGGUGGUUCAGAGUUCUCAGGUAAAAGGGAAUACCGGUAGAGAGACUACCGGGAGCUCCGUGAAGCCAGCCAGUCUACGGUUGGCGCUUUCGCCCUCAACCUCGCCAGAAAGCGGCCGCCCGGAGAGAGAGCCUGUUCACACUGGGACGGCCACAUCCCCUGGAAUCCCCCGAGAUGCCGUCCAAACAGCAACACAGCGGACGGUCACGUUUGACGACAGCGUCCGAGCGGCUUCGGACGGCGUCCAAACGUCGAUAGAAGGUGUCCGGAAUCCGCCGGAGGCCGUCAGAACGGCGCCGCAACCCGUCCGGAUACUGCCGGACGGCGUCCAUAGGGGUGUGGAAGGCGUCCGAACGGCGGAUGCGGACAUCCGAAAGGCGGCCGCGGACGUCCGAAAGGCGGGGCCUUUCGCUGAGGUGUACUCGAAACUCUACUUCCUACUGGCUCAGGUCGAGGAGAUUAACGCGGGGUUGGAAGCCCCCGGGUUUGCACUGAGCGACGAGGGGCGGCGGUACUUUGACAGAAUGCAGAGCUACUACAAGUACGACCUGUGCUACCACCCGCAGCGGCUGGCGAGCUGGGAGAGACUCGCAGAGAUCUACGAUGAGGAGGUGGACCUUCUGUUAAACGACGGCGGCAAGCAGUUCACCGCUCAGCAGUGGCGGGAAGACCCGUCUCGCAUGGCCCGGGUCGCUAGCGGCCGGAAGGCGUGCCGGCAAGCCAGCUUGCGGGCACUGGCGCUUGCCCCGACGGAAGACAAAAAGUACGAGCUAGAGCGGUGGAACGGCUCGGUCCUGUAUGACGUCAUCCAGGACGUGGUGCCCCUCUCCGACCAGCGCCGCAUCCAGCUCCCCAGGGACGACACGUGGCGCGCCCUCUGCUCAGAAGCAUUGGGGCACUUCGAGCGGAGCUACGUAUGCAGCAACGACUGGGAGCUGCUGAUCCCCCUUGGCCGCCUCUCCCAAAAGCUCGGACGCCCCACGUCCGAAGCGCUGGACCUGUACGGCCGGGCGUCCGAUUCCGCCGGUCUAGUUGUCCUCCCGGUCUACCGCCUACACGCCUCCCGCGCAAAACUGCUCUGCGAGCUCCGCUCGCGUCCGGUGACGUGGUCAGCGAUCCAGGAUCUACGGGUUUUGGACGGUGGGUUGACGUCAGGAGAGCAGCUGACGUCAGAAGGGGCGCUGACGUCAAAGGAAAUGCCGUCGGCAGAUGCAGGAAAGGGAGCGGGCGGAGAGUCGGACGUGUGGGAGGGUUUGAAGGCGGUUGCGAGGCACUGUUUCUUGCCGGCGACGGCGCGCAAGCUGCGGGGGUUAGCGAUGAAGGCGGAAGUGCGGGGCCCUUAUGUUGGAGAACAGAGCGACGAGGAGAAAGCGGGAGAGGGGAAAGCGCUUGAGGAGACUGUGCAGAAAAGCGGCGGAAAGAGUUUGGAGAAGGAAGCUCAAGACGAGGAAACGAAUGUUGAGAAGAGUUCGCCGGCAGGUGUUCAGGUAAAUACUCAGGGCGCAGACGAGAGAAUGGAGAUUCGUAUGGAGUCUAUGGAGACUCCUGACAUGAUUGGUGAAGCGGACUUGUUAGAGAAACGCGCUGGACUGAUGGAAGUCGAAGGGGGAGCCGAUAUACAAGUGGGGACCGGAGAGGCUGGUACGGACGUCGACGAGAAGCGCCCGGAGAUCCGCGCAACUGGUCCGGAAGUCACAGACACGGAUGUCGAAAACGAGGGAAGGCGAUCGGGCGACGCGAAGCCGGCCGCGGCCGCCCCGCCGGCCGAGAUUUCGAGACUUUCGCACGAAGACGCGAAGCCGGCCGCGAGCGCGCCCCUGGCCGAGGUUUGGAGGGUUUUGCACGAGGACGCGGUCGCCGGGCUGCGGUUCUGCAUCUUCAACGAGCUGAAGCACUUUCACAAGGCGCGCUUUCGCGUGGCGCAUGCUUUGCUGGUGGGGGCAGGGGGGGAACUAGAGCGGGCGGCGGUGGACGCGGCGAAGACCGAGCUGGAGUUUUUCUUCCGGACGGCCAAGGGGGCCUUCUGCGUGAACGUGUGGGAGCUGGACGCGCAGAAGAAGAAGAAGGCGGCGACGCUGCCGUGUGGCCGCAGGGUCCACGUGGAGCAGAGCCUGGCGGAGAGCGCGCGCAAGUUCGCCACGUGCGUGCGCAAGUACCUGAUGCUGUACCUGCGGCUGUGCGAGCUGACGUCAGACUGGGAGGCGCUCGAGCGCGCGGCGCACUUCUUGCGCACCGACAAGAAGUACUCCUUCUUCCUGAGCGACCUGGCCCAGCUCGCCAUGGGCCUGUACGUCGCCGUCCUCGCGGCCGCCAUUCGGCGCGCCCAGCUGCGCCCCGGCGCCGAAACCCUCAAACCUCUCCUGGAGCAAGCGUUCGGCGUAUGGCUGGAGAACGCGGGCAACUGGAAAGCCACGGUCCUGAAAGCGCUAGAAGAGGUGAAACUCGGACGGGAGCUGCGAGAGCCGAUUGCGGGCGUCCAGGAAGAGGACUUUUUCAGAUACUCGUCGUCUUACAUCGACAGCCUCGCUCGCGCGCACAACGCCCCCGCACUCGGCGCCGCCUACGAGCGCCUCCGAAAGCGCUCGCGCAGCCACCGUUGCACUGCCGACAACGGCACUUUGGCGCUCUGCCGAAAGGCGAGCGCGGCCUGGGCGGCCGCGCUGGCAGAAACCCUCGAGGAUUUGGAGGGUUUGGCGGAAUCGGAGAAGCGCAGCAGAGCCACGGCUUCGGACAAGGAAGGGCUGGAGGAUGGUGGAAGAACGGGCGAGGUACUCGCAGCAGAAACAGGGAACGCGGAGAAGGCGGCAAACGAGGGUGAGGAGGGGACUCGUGUGAGGGAGGGUUUGCCGGAGGUUCAAUCAUCGAGGGAGCCAAUCUCUGAAGGCAGUAAAGAGGCACGUCAUGAAGCGUCUGGGGCCGCCGCAGACGAGCGCCACGUGUCAGGGGCCUCAGAGGAGAGGGGAGAGAAGCGCAAGCGGGCGUCGGAGGAAUUGGAGGAAGCCACCCUGGGGAAAUCGCCUGCUACGACUUCCAGCUUAGAAGGGCCGAAGAGACACCGGGGAGAUUCGCCGACUGCCGUACCAACGCUGGGCUCAGUAUCGGACCCAGCAGCAACGGUGGAGGGGGGUGAAGAUUCAAGAGCGGCCAAGCGGAGCAGAGUAGCGGAACAAGAACGGAACGAGGGGCCGGAAACGGAACGGACGGACGUGACGGAAAUCCAGACGGCUGCAGCGGGGCCAGGGAAGGAAACAGGCGCAGGCUCUGCUCCCACAUCGCCAGGUGUCAGCUUGGCGGCACCUCAUGACGGCAGCACGCAGAAGAUUCUGUCACCUGUCGUCGGGGGCGGUCGAGAGGAUUCGCCUGUGGCAGCAGCCACCCGUAGGUCGCGGCGCUCCGUCGAAGGGGGGGUCGAAACGCCCGGAAAAUCCCACCCCUUGCUGCGUGCGCUUGGUGCACGGAGCCACUCCCGAAAGCAGGGCGAACUCGGGGAGGGGGGAAGGAGCCAGAGUCAGAGAGCGUCAGCGGAAGCCCCCGACAAGGAGCAACCCGCAGGAGUCAAAAAUUUGACUGAAUCAGACGAGGGUCCGGAAUGGAAAGCGCGUGCAGUGUCUGUCCUAAAGUCAGCCCUCGCGAUGUAUCGGGACUUGGUCUCGGUUUUGGGUCCCGUGUUGACAGUGGCGUCCGGUGACGGGAAAGCAAAGGCUGAGCAUGAUUUGGAGCAGGAGAAAGACAAAGCGGAAGAGAAAAGACAAGCGGAGGCAAUGCUGCUGCGGGCUUUCGCGCUGGUGCAUGCGCGUGAGGCCGCGGGCGUGGACGAAGUCCUGCGACUGCAUGAAGAGGUCCCUAAGAAGCGGCUAAAGAAAGCGGGCGCCAUUCGACGGGAUUAGUGGGUCUGACUGGGGUGUGCAUCUCGCUGAUUGUGCGUCCACUGUAGGUUGAUUCAGGCGCCUGUUGGGCAUCUUUCCUGGGUAUAGUAGUUGAACUUGAUACGCACUCAACAUAAAGCCUGAUUGUCCUCUGUUUCAUGUCGCUGACCCUGAG